AUGAAUGAGAAUGGAUCUCUCUAUUUCACUGACGGUGAAAAAGAGGAAGUGAGACGAUAUCGAAAAGGAGAAUCUCAAAAAAAAUUAGUUGCAGGUGGCAAUGGAAGUGGAAAUUCUCUCGAUCAACUCUCUGGCCCACAUUACAUAUUCGUCGAUCGAGAUCAUUCAGUGUACACGUCUGAUAAUGGAAAUCAUCGUAUGAUGAAAUGGGUGAAAGGUGACAAACAAGUCAUUCCCGUGGCUGAUGGUCAAGGAAAAGGAAAUGGUCUUACACAAUUGUCAUAUCUUGAAGGAGUCGUUGUCGAUCAGUUGGGCACUGUCUAUGUGACUGAUCAAUGGAAUCGUCGAAUCACGCGUUGA